AUGGCCUCGUCGCUUCCCCCAGGCGCCCCGCAUUCCGGCGGCGGAGGCGAGUCGCUGCUGCUGCUGCUGAGGGGCUGCCCGACGGAGCCCUUCGGCCCUCUGCGGGGCCCACCCCGCUUCCCGGAGCAGCUGCCGCCGCCCGCCGCCUUCCAGCCCCCGACGUCCCGCCUGGCCCCCAUGCCGCCCUUCCCCCGCCUGCCCCGCCCGCUCCCGAUCUUCGCCGCCCCCCGCCUGCCCGACGGCCCUCCGCCCGGCAAGAGGAGCCCCCCGACGGCGCCCCAGCCCGGCCAGCGCUCCUCGCCCACCUACCGCUUCACGGCCCAGGAGCUCCACGCCGUCCUGUACGGGGCCCUUCCGGCAGCCCCCCGACAGGCCCGCAGCCCAGGCUCCGCCGAAGGGCCCUCGGCGUCCCCGGACCAGGCUUCUCUGCAGCUCCCUGAAGGCCUAUCGGUGCUGCAGACGGCGUCGGUAGACGGUGUCCAGCUGGGCGUCUUUUGCAGCCGUGCCGUGCCGAAGGGGGUCCGCUUCGGCCCUUUCCAGGGCAGGGUGGUCAACACCAGCGAGAUCAAGACGUACGACGACAAUUCCUUGAUGUGGGAGAUCUUCGAGGACGGUCGCUUGAGCCAUUUCAUCGACGGCAAAGGCGCGUCGGGCAACUGGAUGUCCUUGGUCAACUGCGCCCGCUUCCCGGAGGAGCAGAACCUGAUGGCGCUGCAGUGCCAGGGCCAGAUCUACUACGAGAGCUGCAAGGAGAUCUCGCCCGGCCAGGAGCUGCUGGUCUGGUACGGCGACGGCUACCUCCAGUUCCUGGGCAUCCCCAUCAGCCUGAAGGGCCCCGCCGAAGGGAAGCGAGCCCAGCACCACCCCGAAGAGGCCGUGGAAGGCUACAAAUGCGAGCGCUGUGGUAAAGUGUUCGCCUACAAAUACUAUCGGGACAAGCACCUGAAGUACACGCGCUGCGUGGACCAAGGAGACCGCAAGUUCCCCUGCCACCUCUGCAACCGCUCCUUUGAGAAGAGGGACCGGCUGCGCAUCCACGUCCUCCACGUCCACGAGAAACACCGGCCGCACAAGUGCUCUGUAUGUGGGAAGAGUUUCUCUCAGUCUUCCAGCCUAAACAAACACAUGAGGGUGCAUUCUGGGGAACGGCCCUAUAAGUGUGUAUACUGUAACAAGGCAUUCACUGCCUCCAGUAUCCUGCGCACUCACAUUCGGCAACAUUCAGGAGAGAAGCCCUUUAAGUGCAAACACUGUGGCAAGACCUUUGCCUCACACGCAGCCCACGACAGUCAUGUGCGGCGCGCACACAGUAAUAAGGACACCGGCCGCACAUGUACAGUGUGUGGCAAAACGUUCCUAGAGGCAGAAGAGUUCCGUUUCCACAUGAAGUUCCAUGCAGCUCUCUAG